AACCCAUUUUAAAGAUUAGCCCCAAAGAAAAUGAGAAUGGCACAAGAAAGAGUCUAUUGGGAAAUAUUAGUACUAAUUCUGGCGUUGAUGAACAUGGCCCAAAAAGGCACGAGCUUUGGGGUCAAUUGGGGAACAAUGGCAACACACCAGCUCCCACCAGAAAAGGUGGUCAAAAUGCUGAAGGAUAAUGAGUUCAAUAAACUCAAGUUGUUCGAAGCUGAAGAGAAAAUAUUAGCUGCUCUUAUGGGGACGCAGAUUGAGGUGAUGCUGGCCGUACCCAAUGUCAUGUUGCAAGAGAUGAGCCAAGAUCCUGUUGCUGCAGCUACUUGGGUCGAUGCAAAUGUCACCAGUUACUGCGACAAUGGUGGAGUCAAUAUCAAGUAUGUUGCUGUAGGCAAUGAACCCUUCCUUAAAACAUACAAUGGCACCUAUCUAAAAACCACAUUACCAGCUCUGAAGAACAUCCAAGAAGCCCUCAACAAUGCAGGACUUGGGUCACAAGUCAAAGCCACCGUCCCCUUCAACGCCGACAUCUACUUCUCCCCUGACUCAGACCCAGUUCCAUCUACAGGAGACUUCCGGCCUGAAAUUCGAGACUCCUUGAUUGAGAUCAUCCAAUACCUACAUACCAAUGAUGCUCCAUUCACAGUCAAUAUCUAUCCUUUUCUCAGUCUCUAUGGCAAUACAUAUUUUCCUUUUGGAUUUGCUUUCUUUGAUGGAACAACCAAGCCCAUUAAGGAUGGUGAUCUACUGUACACCAAUGUGUUUGAUGCAAAUUUUGACACCCUCGUUUGGUCUCUGACUAAAGCUGGGUUCCCUGAGAUGAAGAUCAUGGUUGGAGAGGUGGGCUGGCCAACUGAUGGUGACAUAAAUGCCAAUAUAAGAAAUGCCAAGAGGUUUAACCAGGGAAUGAUUCAACAUUCCCUGAGUGGAAAUGGAACCCCAGCAAGGAAAGGAAAAAUUGAUGUCUAUCUAUUCAGCCUCAUCGAUGAAGAUGCGAAAAGCAUUGCUCCUGGAAACUUUGAAAGGCAUUGGGGGCUAUUUGAGUAUGAUGGGAAGCCAAAGUAUAAUUUGGAUUUGACAGGCUCUCUUGAAAACAAAGGCCUUGCAGCUGUGGAAGAUGUAGACUAUAUGCUGAAGAGGUGGUGUGUUUUGGACAAAGAUGCUAAAGAUUUGGAGGUCUUGGCAAAAAGCAUUGACUAUGCUUGUACCCUCUCAGAUUGUACUGCUUUGGGUUAUGGGUGUUCUUGCAAUAAUCUCAGCCUCCAAGGAAAUGCUUCUUAUGCAUUUAACAUGUAUUACCAGAUGAAUAGCCAGAAAAGCUGGACGUGUGAUUUCUCUGGUUUGGCUGUGGUGACUGAUGAAAAUCCGUCUGUUGGGGACUGCCAGUUUCCAGUGAUGAUUUCUUAUGGUGGUCCUUCAGUGUUGCCUAGCAGGGGCCUUGCACAUAUGGUGAUGAAAAUUGUUGGAGGAUAUCUGUUGUAUUUGAUUCUGCUAUGACAUAAGCUCUUUAUGAAGCCAUGAAACCUAGCUAUGGCAAAACAUCAAACAUGUUAUAGUAUGAUAGCUUACACCUUGUAAAGCAUAUUGUUCUGGCAUAAUCCAU